AUGGGGCUGAGCUACAAUCACUUUCAUUGCCGCGUGAGGAGACCACCCUCCGCCACCGCCUCCACUGCCACUAAUGGCCACCAGCAACUCUACUGGAGCCACCCCAGGAAGUUCAGGCAAGGCUCGUGCUCCUGCCGUGUGCGCUCCAACCGGCACAGCCUCAUCUGCAAGUAUGGGCUCAACAUGUGUCGGCAGUGCUUCCACCAGUACACCAAGGACAUCGGCUUCAUCAAGCUGGACUAAAGGCUGUCGGCAGGAUGCCGUUUUGCUGACCCAGCCACAGCGCCACAUCCUGAUCACCAAGACUUCGCUGUGAUAUUUUCUAUGUCAAAUAAACAGGCCUGGCCCUGGCCAAAAAAAAAAA